UGGUUGAAGGCGGAAAAUACAUUUCAAUCCAGAAGAAAACGUAAAAUAACGUGUACUGUUACGUUUCACCCCCAAACUUUAAUUCACUUACAAGACUUGUCACCUCCGUAGACAUACCACUAGAUGUCACUGUUUCACAGGAUUUACAGCUUCUAUUCAGCACAAACCAAGCUAUAUUUGUUUCAUUGAAAUCUAAGCAUAAAGUUAUAGAUUUCUACAUAUAUCAACGACCUACUGAGACAUUUAUAUCUGUUAAAAUAUACCGUUAUGUAAUAUGUGCAACUGCAUAAUAUAGCAGCAGAAAAACAAGCAGAGGCAAACAUAAUUUUUACUAUUUAUCUACUAUUUUACUCAAUUAAAUACAAUUGCUAAAGCAAUUUAAAAUAAAUAUUCCAGUGGACAUUAUUUAUUAUCCUUAUUGGAAGUGAGGCUGCUCAUGUGGGGAUUCCCAUCUUAAAGAAUGCCGUGAUGCCAACAGCUCUUACCUAAACAAACCUCCGAGCAGGUGGAGUCAAAGCAGCAGCAUGUGAUAAGACGGAGAAGUUUAUAAAGAAUGUGCCCUGUGACAGGUUAAAACAGUUUCACAGAGGACUGUAACGAAACACAUUUCAUAGCAGCAGAUAUACUGAAUGUGACGAUAUGAAUAUGCCAAAUUCUACUCAGGAUUUCAGUGGAUUGCUGGGCAGUAAACAGAUUGAUGCUCUCUCUAUAUUGUACGUAGUGGUGCUCUCUCUCAGUAUAACUGGGAGUUUUUCAGUCUUGCUGGUUUCAACAAUAAAAUGGAGACACCUAAGAGGACAGGUUCACCUCUUGGUGCAGCUCUCUCUGGCCGACCUGCUGGCUGCUAUCGUCCUGAUGUGUACCAGUGUCAUAAACAAAGUUCACCCGUUCAGUGCUGUCGUCUGCCCAUACCUCCUCCCACUGUCACUGACAUUUUAUUUCAUUUCAUUCUUGCUGGCCAUCGUUUAUGCCUUGAAGUCGAGGAAUGCCAUGCAGGGCUGGAGGGACAGAGCAGCAGAUGAAGAAGAUGAACAUAGUCAGUGUAGGAGAAAAAUCAAAGCGAUUCCUUUGUAUGUCUUAGUGUGGUUGAUGCCACUUGCCAUUUACUUUGUUUAUGUGUGCACUCUGUUGAUAAAACCUGCCACGUUAAUUCCUGCAAGUUCCAGAUCGCAGGACGGGCUCAGCGAUAACAGUAGCUCGUACUGUAGCAGCUGUAUUUUGUUCUUGCAUGUCUGGAAGGACCCUUGUGUUGGAGUGGAUAAGAUACACGAUACUUUCAUCAGAGUCUUCCUUGCCAUUGUAGUGAUAACAGCAAUGUUGUCUUGCUCUGUUAUUUAUUGGAAAAUCGGGAAGUGGCAUGAACAGUACAUGCAAGUUGGACUCUUCCCUGUGGAGGGAGAUGGGCAUUUAAGAAGGCAACUCAAAAGAGUGUUUUCUACAGCACGAAAUAUCGUUAUGGUCAUAUUAUUCUGUUGGGCACCAGCACUCCUCCUCCUUCUGAUUGCUCCCUUGAUGAUCUAUAUGAAUGUUAAACAAGACAGUUUAUAUGGACUGUAUUUGAUACAGGCUGCCACCGUGUCUCUCCAAGGAUUCCUGAACAGCAUGGUCUAUGCCUGGAGACGACCAAACUUCACAGAAGCUGUUCUUGGGGAAAUCACACCUCUGCUGAGAUAUAAACAGAAGACUCCCUACUUUGAGGAAUCUUUUCAUUGCUGACAAAAAAAAAAAAAAAAAGAAGAAGCACUUAGUGAUGUUGUUAUGCUCCAACAUGGAGCACCGAUCUGAGAAAAUCAAACUGGACACUUUAUGACAACUUGGCUAUGAAGCCUGAAACACAAACUCAAUUUGUGAACUGAAAAUGUAAAAAAAAAAAAACAAGAAAGAUUGUAUUUUUAAUGAAGGAAAAGCUUAUGCAUAUGUUAAUGAAACCACUGUGUGAAUUUUGUCAUCCUUUGAUUGAAGUCAUAUUUAUAUCAUUAUAAUUUAGGCUUAAAUGUGUUGAGGAUAUAUGAUAUUCUCUUUAUCAGUAUAUACAUAUGUAUAGAUGUUUGAAGUUAAAAAAAAACUAAUUGUCUGUUAUUGUCUUUAAAGUGUUUUGUAACUGGCAUGUCUGUCAUUUUGUAUUUAUUCAUUUUGGUCAUUAAAAGGUUUCUAUGACCAA